GAUCCAUUUCCCCUUUUUUCAAAUCUAAGCCAGAUCUUUCACACCAAAUAUUUAUUCCAAUCUAUUUUUUUCGUUUCAAAUCUCGCUCAUGGUGCUUCAAUUUCAAGAGGAAAGAGGUACAACCAAUUUUAUUGGGUCGAAAUUGCAAAAGAAAAAGCAGGAGGAAAAAUUGUCGCCCAAAUGUUAUAUCAACCGUUCAACCCACGCCGACGACGUCAACAAAGAAGACACGGCAGGGACAAUGGCUACCUCAAAUUCCCUUCUAGCAAUCUCUAAUGAAAGGAUUGGAGAAGGUCAAUCAACUACACGGCCACCUCUUUCUGAUGGAACCAAUUAUACAUAUUGGAAAGAACGAAUGAGAAUCUAUAUUCGUUCCACGAACUUCCAAUUAUGGUUGGUUAUCAAAAACGGGGAAGAGGUGCCGAUGAAGAAAGUCGAAGACAAGUUGAUCCCCAAGACCGAAGACGAGUUUGAUGCCGAGGACAUCAAAAAGGUCGAGAAUUAUGCAAAGGCAAUAAACAUGCUUUAUUGUGCCGUAAAUCCUGACGACUACCGCAAGAUCUCCUGCUGCUCAACCGCCAAGGAGAUGUGGGAUAAACUUGAGGUGACGUACGAAGGAACGGACCAAGUACGUGAAGCCAAGAUUGACUUCCUCACCCAAGAAUAUGAGAUGUUCAGGUUGAAGGAGCACGAGAAGUUUGACGACAUGUUCAACCGAUUUUCCAAGAUAGUCAACGAUCUUCAUGCAUUGAAGAGGACUUACACCGACAGGGAUCUUGUACGAAAGAUCCUACGGAGCUUGACAUCCGAAUGGCGAUCUAAGGCCGAUGCCAUCUAUGAGUCAAUCGGCACAUCAAAUGUCACCAUCGACGGUUUAAGAGGUAACUUAAAAACUUAUGAAUCUACUAUACUUAACCCGUCUUUGAAUGACCAAAGGAAAGGCAUAGCAUUAAAAGCCUUCAAAGAACCAACGAUGAAUGACUCAAGCGACGAUGAUGAAGUCAAGCUUGUCAUGAAGAGGUUUUGCAAACUUCUAAGAAAGAAAGAAAAGGUUGAGGAUGGCCCUGUGUGCUAUGGAUGUGGUGAAGCCGGGCACAUCAAGAACAAAUGCCCGAGAAACGGAAGGAACACUCGACACUUCAAAAGGCAAAGGGCGUAUAUCUCUUGGGGUGGAGACUCCGGCGACGAGUCAACCGACCAAGAUGAGGAUGAAGUUGCCAACCUCUGUCUCAUGGCACACGAAGACCAAACCGACGAUGUACAAGAGGGACGGUCCCAAGUGAAGAAAUCCGAAAGUCAGGGGGAACCAGCGAUGGGUGGCCUAUACCACUUAUUUCUUCAAUCGUUCUUCAAAUACGCCUCAAUCAUGGCCGGAGGAAGAUCAAAGUCUAAGGCUUCCAAGAAGAAAAGCACCGCCGAACCCUCAAGCUCCGCCCCUCCUCCGUUCCUAUAUUUGGACGGAUCAUUUCUUGAGUUCGGGUCGGAGGAAGAACUCACACGCUUCCUCACUCACUUUGCCAAGCGCCCGAUCUCUCCACCUCGAGUGCUCCCGGAGUUGUUUCCCCAAGACAAAGGGUACCACGACCUCGACAACCAACUCCAAGCGUCGGGUUUCUGGCCAUUCGUCUCCAAGAGCCGCUCGAGCUUCAAUCCCGCCUUCGUCCGGGCUUUCUACUCCAAUCUCCGCCGUGACGGGGACACCAUUCGCAGUAGCAUCAAUCUCUACGACAUAGAGAUUGAUUUGGCUACCUUCGCUCGGGUCGCAGGGCUGCCCAUCCGCGGUGACGACAUCGCAACAUAUGGCGGCGAUGAUUGGAUCCUCAACAACGAGGCGGUGGUCAUCCGAGAGCUUGGGAUCACCAACCUCAUCCGCCACAGCGGCACACCGACGAUUCACUCGGCCCCACCGGACAAGCGCCUCCUCCUCUACAUCAUCACCCGGAUUCUCCGCCCCCGAGACAGCAGCCAUACCUCGCUCUUCAACGAGGAUUUGAAGGCGAUUCAUGCCAUCAUCCACGGCGCCUCCAUCAAUUGGGCGAAAUUCGUGAUGAUCCACAUGGCGGAUUGCGCCUCCAUCGCCACUGAGCGGAGCUUGCCAUACGCCUUCCUCGUCAUGGACCUCAUCAUCUUCGCCGACAUCUCCAUCGCCGGCCCGGAUACGAAGAUGACAAAGAUUUGGAUAAUUCAAGACAGCACCUUCCGGAAGAAGUCCGGAGACCGGGACGGCGCAGGCCCAAGUCGUGCACCAGCCCCCGCUCCCGCCAAGGCCUCUCUGCAAUCCAUAGCCGAUACUCUGAACCGGCUAACCCUCACAGUGGAUGGCAUGGGGCAGUCAAUCGAGCGGAUGGACUGGACGCUGCAACGCCAACACCACGACAUGACGGCGUUCUUCCGCGGCAUGAACUACGUCCCGCCGCCCUUUGACAGCACCUUCCUCGGCCAAAACUAUGAAGGCGAGGACGAGGAGGAUAACUCCUAUGCUCCAUCCUCCUCCCCCGACGAGGCCGACUUUGAAGAUUCGGUCGACGGCGAUCCCAUGGACGUCGAGAACGACGAGGAUGACGACGAGGACGCCGAUGCUUAGACUUCUCUUUUCUCUUCUUCCUAUGAUUGUAUUUUUUAUUUUUUUCCAUUCCGUUGUAUUCCGCAUUUCCCUUUUUCAUGAAUAAAAAGUUUCCAUUUACAAUUCUAAAGUUUACUUUUCAUUCUUUUUGUUAAUGUCAAAAGGGGGAAGUUAUUAAGGUUAUGCAUAAAUUAAGGGGGAAUUU